AACCUGCCUUCCAGGACCCACCAAUCCUGAAGCGGUAGAGCGAAGCGCAGCGGCGGGCCGCCAGAAUGGAGGGGACGGAGAGUCGGAGGGACCCGAAAAGUUAGGGGCGGGGACACCACACUUGAACCUGCUCACCAGCUAAGGCUGGGAAAGCCCUGUGCGCAGAAUUCUGGCCCCCGGAGGGCUUGAGCUGGGGAGAUAGCGUGGGCGUGGGCCUUAUCUGCACACUGACAAGAGAUACUGGUCCUAGGGCCUCUGUAUCACUCAUUUUCUCUGGUUCCCCCUAUCUCCUGGGUAAGUCCUGGCCGCUGACCGAAGACACUUCCACCAGCACUUACAGGCGCGCCUUGCCUUAGAUGCUCACAAAUCAGCCUUACAAUGGGCCGGACUGUGAUCGUGCUUGGCGGAGGUAUCAGUGGAUUGGCCGCAAGUUAUCAUCUGAUCCGAGGCCCCUGUCCCCCUAAAGUGAUCUUAGUGGAGGGCAGCAAGCGUUUGGGAGGCUGGAUCCGCUCAGUCCGAGGAUCAAAUGGUGCGAUCUUUGAACUUGGACCUCGAGGAAUUAGGCCGGCUGGAGUGCUGGGAGCCCGAACUCUGCUCCUGGUUUCUGAGCUUGGCUUGGAGUCGGAAGUCUUGCCUGUCCGAGGGAAUCAUCCAGCUGCCCAGAACAGGUUCCUGUAUGUGGGCGGUGCUCUGCACCCCCUACCCUCUGGCCUCAGGGGGCUACUCCGUCCUUCACCCCCCUUCUCCAAACCUCUAUUUUGGGCUGGGCUGAGGGAUUUGAUGAAGCCCAGGGGCAAAGAGCCUGAUGAGACCGUGCACAGUUUUGCCCAGCGCCGCCUUGGACCUGAGGUGGCCUCUUUAGCCAUGGACAGCCUUUGCCGAGGAGUGUUUGCAGGCAACAGCCGUGAGCUCAGUGUCCGCUCCUGCUUUCCCAGUCUCUUCCAAGCUGAGCAAACCCACCGGUCCAUAUUACUGGGGCUGCUGCUGGGGGCAGGACAGAGUCUACAGCCAGAUUCCUCAUUAAUUCGUCAGGCCCGGGCUGAGCGAUGGAGCCAGUGGUCACUCCGUGGAGGGCUGGAGAUGUUGCCCCAGGCCCUUCACAACCACCUAACUAGUAAAGGAGUCACUGUCUUCAAAGGCCGGCCAGUCUGUGGGCUCAGUCUCCAGCCAGAAGGGCGAUGGAAGGUGUCUCUAGGGGACAGCAGUCUGGAGGCUGACCACAUUAUUAGUGCCAUUCCGGCUGCAGUGCUCAGCAAGCUGCUCCCUGCUGAGGCUACACCUCUUGCUCAUGUCCUGAGUACCAUCACUGCUGUGUCUGUCGCUGUGGUGAACCUGCAGUACCAAGGAGCGUGUCUGCCUGUUCAGGGAUUUGGACAUUUGGUGCCAUCAUCAGAAGACCCAGCUGUCCUGGGAAUCGUGUAUGACUCAGUUGCUUUUCCUGAGCAGGAUGGGAACCCUCCAUGUCUCAGAGUAACAGUGAUGUUGGGAGGCUACUGGUUAGAGAAACUAGAAGCUAAAGGCCAUGAACUGUCUCCAGAGCUGUUCCAACAGCAAGCACAGGAAGCAGCUGCCACACACUUAGGACUGAGGGAGCGACCCAGUCACUGCUUGGUGCAUUUACACGAGAACUGUAUCCCUCAGUAUACACUAGGCCACUGGCAAAAACUCGAGUCAGCUCUGCGUUUCCUGACGGCUCAAAGGCUGCCCCUGACUUUGGCUGGAGCUUCCUAUGAGGGGGUCGCUGUCAAUGACUGUAUAGAGAGUGGGCGUCAGGCAGCACUCGCUGUCCUGGGCACAGAAUCUAACAGCUGACCCCCCUCUCUCCUGCUCAUGAAAAUAAAACUUGCUGGAACUUGG